GAGUGACAAGACAACCGUUUUGCCAUGGAAAGAGACAUUACGAAUUAUAUGAUUGCCACUGGCACCAGCUCACCAGAAGCUGUGGAAGCUGCCAAAGACGUCGUACGAGCGGUGCACAAUGGUCGAGUGCAAGAUAAUUUACUCCUACUUAUUCAACAAUUGGGAGAAUAUUUGACAAGUGACGACGAUUUUGUACGCGCCAAAGCCACGGGUCUUUUAUCAACGACAUUGCGAGAAUGCGAGCAUACGUCGAUUAACGGAUCAGCAGUAUCUGUCUUGGUGGACUUUUAUUGCAACCGUCUGACGGAGAAAACUUGCGUCCCCUAUUUGUUGGAUGGCUUACUGGCAUUGACGGACUUUGACAACUUCAGCGAUGUGAAUGCAGUGACAGUCGCUAAAAGACUAUUCGAGCGAGUGGAGGUACAGAGAUUCCCCCAAGGAACAAGAAAUUCCGCUUUUCAGCUGUUUGAAAAUUUGUUGUCCAAGAAACUGGCAGCUUUGAGAUCGAUCAAUGAUGAGUUCAUUUACGGGUUCACACAAGCCAUGGACGGUGAAAAGGAUCCACGCAAUUUGUUAUGCGCCUUCAAGCUCGUCGAGACCAUCAACCGUGAAUUCGAUAUCUCGAUCCAUGUGGAAGACCUUUUUGAAGUCACAUUUUGCUAUUUCCCCAUCACCUUUAAACCCCCACCCGAUGAUCCUUACGGCAUCACCGCUGAAGACCUCAAAGUUAGCCUAAGAAAAUGCUUGGCUUCCACCCCCUUGUUCGCCAAAUUUGCCGUGCCGCUCAUGUUAGAAAAAUUAUCUUCUACUUCCGGAAGUGCAAAGAAAGACUCGAUGGAAACAUUGGCUGCAUGUGCUCCCGUCUAUGGCGCGGCGGCGUUAUUACCCAACACUGAUGAAAUUAUGGAUUCACUCAAAGUCGAGGUCCUCCAUGCUACCGAUGCUUCGCUUGAAGAGGCGGCGUUGGAUGCUAUUCAUUGUGUGGUGGCAGCCCUCAGUAGUGGCGUGAAUGAUUCGACGGAGGAGCCGACCGACAAAGCCUUGAAGCCUAUUGUCGAUGAAAGUCUCACCAAUUUGAAAGACCCCGAUCUCAGAAAUGCAAAAGAAACUGGUCGCAUCUUGCGCGCCGCUGCAUCCGCUUCUGAUUAUGCUUGCAAUUUCAUCGUAUCACAGGUCCUUCCUCGCUUACUGAGCAGCUAUCGCGAAACAGAGGUCACGACCCACCGAAAACUCGUAAUGGAUAUCAUGCUCGAAUUGCUGGAAGCCGGCAUCGCUGUCUAUGGAUCCUCGAGUACGGAUAAGAAUAAGAUGCAAGUGGAUGAGGAUAUGGUGUCUCCUCUGUUGCCAUUCAAGGAUCGCUUAUUCUACGUGUUUGAAAAUGCCCUGAUGGCUUCCAAUGAGUACAAUGGUGUCCGUCUUGCGGGUAUCCGAGGCUUCAAGUUGAUGACCCUCACACAAUCCUAUUUGUCCAGCAACGAAGUUGGUAUUGUGGUUCAGUCUUACAAUAAGAUCCUAUUGCACGAACCCGAUGAUGAACUUCGUAUGGCUGUACUGGAUGCUUUGACAGUGUUGGCUCAAUUCGAUAGCAGCCACAUCAUUCGAGAAACUGUCCCCGCCCUGAUCCAAUGCCUCCCAGAGACCGCCAAAGAUAAGCCUGCUAGCAGUUAUCAGCGAAUCCUCGUAGCGCUGAAAAAGUUGGCCCCAAUUCCUGCCAUUUUUGAUGUCACAGCACCCAUGAUGAUGACCAAGAUGGAAGAGUUAUGUCGUACAGAAUCGGAAGCCGCCUAUCCUUGUGCGAUUGCCACCUGUUUAUUGGAUAUCCUCAAGAUCAAAGUCGCGGAGAACCACACAGAUAUCGAGACUUGCGUCAAUACGAUUCUUCCUCGCUUAAUAGCCGAUGUCAUCCAAUCUGCUUUGGAUGCAAAGAGUUCCCGACUUCUCCUUGAAGCGAAUCUCUUGCGACAGAUUGCAUUUAUUGUCAGUCUUGUUUUCCAAAAAUUAAAUACAAGCCUACAAGAAGCAUUCGUCACUCGCAUGUUCAAACUUUUCCUGGACGGCGAUUUGUCUGUGGUUGACAUUGAAUCUUCGGCCAGUUUUGCCCCGUUAUCGCCUUCAGCAAGUGACCAUCAAAAGCCGACCCUUCUAUUAUUUUCGGCCAUCGUGUGUGCGUGCAGAAAGGAUACGACUUUACCAUUAGAGUCUGUCGAUGCAUUUUGCAAUCAAUUGAUGCAAGUCGCCUUGGUAUCAUCCAAUACCAUUGAACGUGAAGCAUUAGUAACCAUGAUGGGUGCCAUGGUGAACAAAUAUCGUGAUACUAGCGCGUUAUCAUCGUUUGUGGAAACGUCGGCGACCCGAUUGGAGGAAGCAAUGAACGAAAACUCCAGUACAAGCACCAAUGCAUUGGAAAUUUAUCUUUGGUUGACCAAAGCGUUGGUGGUUCGUGCUUAUGCGGCAGGUUAUGAGCUGACGCAGAAGAUCAUCCACUUGUGCUCGAAUCCAGUUCUCGGGCUACAAGCUGCGAAAGGAUUCGAUAUCCUUAUUGGCGAAGACCCAUUGACGCUGAAUAAAGCCACCUUUGCUACCAUCAAUAUUUUGUACAAACAGCGCUUCUUCAAUUUCUGUCUUCCAGAACUCAUGGGAGGGUUCCGCACAGCAGAUGAAGCUGUCAAGCCUAAUUAUCUAAUUGCUUUAUCGUACAUGUUGAAACAUGUACCCAAGCAAAUCUUGUUCAACGAAUUGCCACCACUGGUUCCUUUGCUUAUCCAAGCCUUGACUUUACAAGACGCUACACUCAAAGUGUCGACAUUGGAUACGUUCCGGUUAGCGGUGACGGAGGCGUCGGAUGUGGUGGCACCUCACGUGCGUUCGAUUUUGCCGGCGUUGCUUGGCCUACUGGAGCCGGAACAGAGGUCACCUCUGGAAGUCCGUAUAGCUGCGCUCAAAUGCUUGGCGGUAUUCCCGGUCGGACUCACCAAUGAUGUUUUGUUGCCGCACGUUCAUUUCGUAACCAAGCAACUGACCAAAUCUUUGGAUGAUAAAAAGCGUCUCGUCAGAAAAGAAGCAGUCGAUUGCAGAGCUCGUUGGUACUCCAUUUCCGUUCCAUUAUAAUUAAUUUGAAGGGGAUCUUGGUGGUUUUUUCCCGGUGGCAUGAUGAGCUUUCCCUUGGAUUAGAUAUUCCUCGAGAGCUGCUCCACAGGUUGUAUUAUAGACAAUAGCAAUUUUUACGAAUAUAUAAACACAUGAUCCCGUGGCUUUGAAAAAGCUUC